GCUGAGCUUCGAUGGAGGACCACAUGACGGGGCACAACAAGGAGAAGCGUUAUGAGUGUGACGUGUGUGGCAAGGCCUGGCAGAAGCAGAGCCUGCUGGAGCUCCACCGGCUGGAGCAAACGGGAGAACGCCCCUUCAACUGCUCGGAGUACGGCAAGAGCUUCACCAACUCCAGCCUCCUGCAAAGGCACAACCGUGUGCACUCCAGCGAGAGGCCCUUCACCUGCUCCGACUGCGGCAAGAGCUUUAAGAUGGCGAAUCGCCUGAAGAUACACCGGCAGGUGCCCACGGGCCUGUGGGUGUACACCAGUGGCCAGCACCAAGACUGCCCAUACUGCGGUGAUGAGUUUGACAGCUCACGGGGGUUGCAGCAGCACCGGCUGACCCACGCUGGCGAGCAGCUGCUCCCACUGUGA